UGUUGUCAGAUAUUUACGGUCCGGAGAAAUGGCGGACGUGGAUGAAUUGUUCGGCAGCGAUGGGGACAGCGACAACGAGCAGAGGGACUCGGGUUCCGGUUCUGGUUCCGAAUCGGAGCAGGAAAGGCCCAGGUCUGCCAGCAACGGCUCUGGAAGCGAGAGCGAGAGGGAGCGGGACGACGACGAAGAUGACGAUGAAGAAGGUCAGGAUGGCGGGAAGCCGAGCAACAAAGAGCUGUUUGGAGACGACAGCGAGGACGAGCGGGGCAGCCAGCGCAGCGGCAGCGACAACCAGUCCGAGCACUCCGGCAACCAAUCAGACGCCAGUAUGCACUCUGACAAUGAGCACUCUGAGGCGGAGCAGCAGAGUGGCUCAGAGGGUCAUCACGAAGAGGAGGAGGAUGAAGGUCACAGCCCCAGCCACAGGUCAGACGCAGGAAGCCCUGUCUCAGGAGCCGGAAGCCACAGAUCCGGAAGCCACAGAUCCGGAAGCCACAGAUCCGGAAGUCACAGAUCCGGAAGUCACAGAUCUGGGAGAGGGAGCAUAAGCCCCCGGUCUGACCCCGGCACCCCACAGUCAGGCUCCGGGACCCCCCACUCAGACGGAGAGGGGUCAGGCAGAGACGGCCAGUCAGGAGACGAGAAAUGGGGCGGUGAGGGCAAAAGUGAUCAAUCGGAGGACGAGGAGAAGCAGCGGAAUUCAGACGAAGAGAGGGAUCAUUCUGAUGAUGAAGGGAGGGACAAUAAAUCUGGUUCACCUAAAGGCAGUGACAGCGAAGACGAUUUUGUGGGACGCAGAAAGAAGAAAGUGGCUUCAGACUCUGACUCGGACAGUGAUGUCGGUGCGAGGGGGGGUAAGAAAACUGCAGCAGAUGACCUGUUUGGGGAAGCAGACGACAUCUCCUCAGACAGUGACGCUGAGAAACCCCCCACACCGGGACAGCCAAUGGAUAAUGAGGACGGUAUGGAGGGUGAGCAGCAGGAGGAGGAGCCGGUUCCCGAGACUCGGAUAGAGGUGGAGAUUCCUAAAGUCAGCACUGACCUCGGCAGUGACCUUUACUUUGUUAAACUACCCAACUUCCUCAGUGUGGAGCCCAGGCCAUUUGAUCCUCAGUACUAUGAGGAUGAGUUUGAGGAUGAGGAGAUGUUGGAUGAGGAAGGUCGUACAAGGCUGAAGCUGAAGGUGGAGAACACCAUCAGGUGGCGCUCUCGGAGAGACGAAGAAGGAAAUGAAAUCCGAGAGAGUAACGCACGCAUUGUUAAAUGGUCUGACGGCAGUAUGUCCCUGCACCUGGGUAAUGAGGUGUUUGAUGUGUAUAAAGCUCCACUGCAGGGCGACCACAACCACCUGUUCAUCCGGCAGGGUACUGGACUGCAGGGCCAGGCUGUGUUCAAGACCAAACUCACAUUCAGGCCCCACUCCACAGACAGCGCCACCCACAGGAAGAUGACUCUCUCUCUGGCUGAUCGAUGCUCCAAAACACAGAAGAUCAGAAUUCUGCCAAUGGCCGGCCGAGACCCGGAGUCACAGAGGAAUGAGAUGAUAAAGAAAGAGGAGGAGCGUUUAAGGGCCUCUAUCCGCCGCGAGUCGCAGCAGAGGCGGAUGCGAGAGAAGCAGCACCAGCGAGGUCUGAGCGCUGGGUAUCUGGAGCCUGACCGGUAUGAGGAGGAUGAGGAGGGAGAGGAGUCCAUCAGCCUCGCCGCCAUCAAGAACAAAUACAAAGGAGGAGGACUGAGAGAGGAGAGAGCGAGGAUCUACUCGUCCGACAGCGACGAAGGGUCAGACGAGGACAAAGCCCAGCGGCUCAUGAAGGCCAAGAAGCUGGACAGUGACGAGGAAGGAGAAAACUCGGGCAAGAGAAAGGCCGAGGAUGACGAGGAGGCUUCCGCUAAGAAAGCCAAGAAAUAUGUCAUCAGCGACGAAGAGGAUGAAGAAGAGGAAGACUAAUUUCUUUAAUAUUUCCUUCUCUUUUUCUGUUCUUGUUUUUUGUACGAUUACGUGAUCAUUGUUUUUGGGCCACACUGUAACCAGCGGCUGCUGGUUUGUAUAUUUUAUAAAGGAGCUUCUUUGCUGUAUAGCAUCAGUAGAAAAUAAAACUGACCUUAAAUGACCUCCC